GACAAUUUAUUAUAAAUGGCACAGUUGUUAAAUAUUUCGUUUAAGAAAAACGACCUUUACUCCUCGUGGGGUUUUCAAGUAUGCGGCGGAAGGGACAGUUGGCGACCGCUAACCGUGAGAAAUGUACAAAAUGGCACUUUAGCGUACAACUAUUUAAAUGUCGGUGAUCGUGUUUUAGAGAUCGAUGGAAUAGACUGUUAUUCAUUAACCGAGUCUCAGGCAAUCAGUUUUCUCCGAAGACCUAGUAAUUCGAUUGAACUUUUGGUACUAAAACGACGGGGUGAAAAUGUCGUACCACCCAAAAGGUCAUCUAGUUGUAAAGCUUUACAGCAUUUUAUUUUUCCAAAAUCACAAAAUAUUUCAAAACUUAAUUCUCCUUCUCAUCAUCAUAUUAUUAAUAAUAAUGAUGCAAUCUCAGAAAAUUUAAAAAACCAAUUUUGCAAACUCGAAGAUUCGGAAGAAUUCCCAAAACAGUGUUUUGAAGAACCUAACAAAUCAUUUGUCUCAGCACCAGUGAAAAAUGACAAUGAGAUAUUACAGUUUUCUAACUUCAAACCUCGAAAGAAUUCGUUACAAAAAGACGGUGAACUCGUGUGUCUUAGAAGUAGAUCGAGUUCACCACAGUUUUGGAAAUCAAACAUGGAAACUUCGAUCACUGGACGACAUAAUGAUUGUAAAAGUUUUUGGAAAAAAUUAGAAAAAUGUUCAAUGGAAGACUUGAGCGCCCGUCGUACUCCAAGUCCAGUAAGACCAGCUAGCGUGGCUUUUUAUCCCAAAACACCUGAACCUAUUUUUCAAUCAAAUUUUGAAAUAGUUUCUCCAAAAAAAAAAGUGACUUUUAGUAAUAUAUUAUUGGAGAGAAAUUAUUUGCAAAUGGAUUUACCAGAUUUAUCUCCUGGAUCAAGAGUUGAUGAAGAAUUCAAUAAAAUUUACAACAGUUCCAGACAAGAAGAACAGCAUCAAAUAGGAGCGAACGAUUUAGCCGAUAAAGAUAUGUCUGCACCACCCCCGCCAGCGCCGCCACCACUACAAUGUUCUGGAGUUACAACUCAAGGUGGUCCACCACCGCCUCCACCACCUCCAAUGUUGCACAGUGGACACAUUCCAGCUAUUAGAAUAAAAACUGAGUUGAAUGAGCCCAGGGAGAUCCCAUCAACUAUACAAAACGCAAUGGCUACUAAAGACAAAAAACCAUUUACGUAUCUUCCGGGUGGAUUAGAUUUGAGCGAGAUCAGAAGUCCUCGAAUGCAAAGGCGCUUAGAAAGAAAUGCCCAGACUCCACCUAGCCCGGAACAAGUACCUCAGAAAUCUCCAGACUAUCAACAGCAACAAGAGGUGAAACCAAACUUUGAACAAAAACCAGUAUGUAAUGUGCGCUCUGCUGCGGAAAGAGUAUGUCUAUUACCCCAAGUUCAGAAUCAAACACAAUUGAAUAAAUCACCCACACCUUGGAUGCAAAAACAUGCGCAAAUUCAACCUUCUUCAGCUCCGUGGACUCAAAACAAAAAAGAAUAUAUUGAUCAGGUUGAUAAACCAGAAGAACGAAUAAUUGUACCUAUACGAGUUGAAACUAAUAGACAAGUACCAACACAACCGCAGAAGAAUAAUAUAAAUCAUUCAUAUGAUUCUGAACCGAUACAAGGACGUUCAUUUAAAGUGCUCCAACAAAUUACCGAGCCAAAAGGAAUGCUUUAUGAUGGUUCACAGCCCUAUAACAGCCAGUCUUUACCUUUGUCUGAACUCAGAAAAUUGCAGUUAAGUGAUGACGAUCGAUCCUUCAUGAGUAGGGUUAAAUCUCAAGUUGAUGAUGAUAAAUUUUUACACAACGAAACGGAUCCUCGUUACAAAGGUGCGUCAAUUCCAUCUAGAAGCUUUCGAAUGUUGCAAACAUUAACGAACUCUGCACCGGUUCCGAUGGACAACAACUACAAACAAUCAGUACCGAUAAACAAUUACGUACCAGUAGAACCUAUAGAAUCCAAACUAUAUGUACCACCCUCAGAGAGACCUGUCGGUUCGGAACCGCAUAAGUAUACAGGUGGUUCUAUACCAUCCAGAUCAUUCAGAAUGUUACAAGCUAUGACUGGCCAAAAUAACGAAAAAGAACAACAAAAUGACUUACAAAACCUGCAAUCGCAUACCCCUUACCCUUUUCUUUGUCCCGAAUUUUGGGAACAUUACAAUUAUCUAAAGAAAUUUCACGAUUGGCAUUGUACUGGUUCUGCGUCGAUCGAUCAACAGCAACAACAACAGUUCACACUACAACAAUCUGUGCAGACCAGCAUUGCGUCGGCGGCAGACAACGCUGUUUAUACCGGACACGUGUUGAAUACUAUCGCCGAAGAAGAAGUCGCCGAUGACGAGAUCAUAAGCUCACCGUGCUACGUGCCGGACAACGACGAUACCGACUCGAGCGAGUGUGAAGUGACGGUGACUGUAACGUUGCCACUAAAGAAAGCUACAACCGAUAUAACGGUGAGCGAGGAAUUGCAGAAAGGCGCAUCAGCUAGUUCACCGGUAGAUUUUUGGCAGCAAAUCAAUAACGACGGUGCUGCAGGUGGGUCAACCGACACCACUUCUACGUCGGACAGCGACGACGGAUGUUCGGACGAUGAAAAGCUGUCAAGCGCUGUUUGUCUACCAGAGAAUCUACUGGAGAAGCCGUUGAGCGCCGAUUGUCUGCCAGACGGCGAGGCGGUCGGUGACUGCCGCCAACCAUUGGAUCGUGACGACGACGCUGACUCAGGCAUUAUUACGACGACGUCGUCGGCCGACAUGGCAAGCCAACGCACUUCCGACAAAGAUACAAUCAUCAGCGGCAGAACUGGAGGCGUCGGUUCGAAGAAAUAUCAAAGAACGUGCACGCAUUCACGUCUCUUCGACUUUUUGCAGAGCAACGAUGACGACAACGACGACGACAAUGGCGCGGACUUCAGCAACGUUACCGAUGCGAUAAACAAACCACCACCGCCGCCGCUGUCACUAUCAUGCACUUCCGGUUACUCGUCGGCAGCUACUACGCCGUCCACGCCGUCCGUAGUUGGAAGAAGUCGGAUUUACGAAUCAGACUCAGCCCGGACGGAAUACGAUAGUUACUAUAAGAGCUGGGAAUACGCUUGUCCAUAUUUCGGAUACGACAUACUACCGUCGAAGGCAUUCAAGACUAUUGCGACGCAAUUGCAGAGAAGUGACGGUUCUGUGGCAGACUUCAAGGUCCCGUCGACUACCACCACCAAGUUCAAGUGUCCCAAAAUUCCUACCGGAAAAGACGAAUCUUAAACGCGUCUUUUCCCCAUCUAUACACCCCCGCACUUUUCAUUUCUAUCGUUUGGGUUUUUUUUUUACGAUUUUAUAAGGUAAUUUAGGUGAAUCCGACUUCUGAUUUGGAAUUACAGUAACUACAAUCAAACUGCUUUUACGUUAAAUGAUUUAUAUUUGUACGGUUUACGCAUUUUUGCUAUAUUCAUAUAUGUAUAAAUAAUUUUAAUUAUUUAGUAUUGUAGGUAAAUUGAACUUAUAUUAACACAUAAUGCUAGCUUAAUAUAUUUAUGUCUAUACUAUAAAAAAAUAUAUUGUAAUAAAAACGAAUAAGUUUUAAACCGUGAAUAAAGAUCGUCUUCAAUUGUACUUCAUUAUUUCAUUUGUGGAUGUGCUUGUUAUAUAAGUGAAUGAGCCUGUCAAUAUUCAAAAGAGCUAAUAAAAAUUUUGAAUUGAUGUACUAAGGCAUUUAA